AUGGAUCCUGGGGAUAUUCUAGCUGCUAUAAAAGAAGAUGUUAACGUUGCUGUGGAUGCUGCUCACAAAGCUCUUAAACGUAAUGGAGGGAAAGAGUGGGCAUCAAGAUCAGGAGCUCAUCAUGUCAAGUAUUUGCGUGUUAUUGCUUCAAAGAUAGUGGAGAAAAAAUAUGAAUUGGCAAAACUUGAAGCCAUCAAUUGCGGCAAACCACUUGAAGAAGCAGCUUGGGAUAUGGAUGAUGUUGCUGGAUGCUUUGACUACAAUGUUGAUCUUGCUGAAGAGUUAGAUAGAAAGCAAAAUGCAUCUGUUAGUCUUCCAAUGUUGAUCUUUCCUAGUGCAUCUCCUUUCCAUGUGAAAAAGAAAGAAACAGAGUGCAGUCUCGAGAGUGAUGCAAGCUCUUCUCUUUUAAGAUGGAAGAAAAAAUUCAUAAAACAUAGACAAAUGGUAAAACUCAUAGAGGUGCAGAAUGUCCAACAUAAAGCUCACAUUUCCGAGCUUAAUCUGCAUGUUGAAGCUCAAGCUAGAGAAUACAAACAAACGUUUAAAGCAUUGGAGGCAAUGGCUGUUGCUGAACAAGUCAAAUCAGAUGUUUUUGUUUCCCACAUCUCAAAAUCACCAUCAAAGAAACUAGAAAAGAAUGGAUCAAGAACAAGAGGUUCUGGUUCCCCUUUUAAAUGA